GAUGACUACAAAAUUCUCUUCUUCUUUGUCCUUUCUAAUUUUAAUAAUUAUUUGUUAUAUUUCAUUAGCUUUAUUACAAAAAACUAAAAUAAUUACUAAACGAUUUUCACCUCUCCCAACAAAAGAAAAUAUUUUUAAUCAAAAAGAAAAAUUAAAUAAUUUUAUUUGGCCAUUAGAAUGUCGACAACAAAAAAGAUUAUUAGGAAAAGAUGGAAAAAGUUCUUCUUCUCAAUUGGUUGCGGACCAGGGACAAUUCCCAGAGGAUUUAUUUACUAUGGACCAGCUACGUAGAGGGGCUGUAUUUUUACAUUUAUUUGCUGUAAUAACUCAAAGAUUGGAUAUUUCUGAUGAUGUUGCAGGGGCAACAUUUAUGGCAGCUGGAGGGUCUGCCCCGGAAUUUUUUACUUCUGUUGUUGGAACAUUUUUAGCCAAAAAUAAUGUUGGGAUAGGGACUAUUGUUGGAAGUGCAACAUUUAAUAUUCUUUGUGUUCUCGCUUUUUGUACAAUUUUCUCUAAAAAUUGUUUACAAUUAAGUUGGUGGCCUCUUUUUAGGGAUGUUUCUUUUUAUGUUAUUGCUUUAAUUAUUUUAGUUUUUGCAUUUCUUGAUGAACAAAUUAUUUGGUGGGAAGCAGCAUUACUUUUUAUUAUUUAUUUAGCUUAUGCUUUAUUUAUGAAAUAUAAUUCUGUUGUUGAAAUUUAUAUUAAAAAUUGUUUUGGAUGUUUAACAGAAAUGGAUAAAGAAUUAACACAAAUAAAAGAAAUUGAUUGUGUUGAAAGAAUGGAAGUAUUGGAAGAGGAAGAAGAUGAAGAUAAUAAUAAUAGUUAUUUAGAGGAAAAUAAUAAACAAUUAGAAUCUACUAAAUCUGGUGGUGGUGGAAUUGUUACCUCAAAAGAAGUAAAUAUUCCUGCUGAAAAAACACCAAAAUUUGAAUGGUGGAGUUGGAGACGUCCAUUACCAAUUAGCCAAUUACAUCGUUCAGACACAGUUUGUGCACACAGAACAAUUCAACAUCAUAAUAACACAAAUAAUCAAAGACGUCGACAAUCUUCAAUUCCAAAUUCUGGCGGUUAUAGACGUCAAUCUAUUCCAAUUUUACAUUCUGGGGCAAUGUUUAGAAAUGGAAUUAUUUCUUUAAUGUCUCAAACACUUGAUCCAGUAAUUGAAAAUCGUGAUCAAAAUAUAGUAGAAAAUGAAAAUAAAAAUAAAUUAGAAUCACACAGAAUGCAAGGAGGAAAUAAUGUACAAAUUGAGCAACAAUCAAUUCUAAAACGACCAAAUUCUGAUUUAAAUAGAAAUUACCCAACUACAAAUACAGCAAUUAGAAGAUCAUUAGUUGAUACAAAUGGAGAUAUAAUUAUUGGUAGUUUAAGCAGUAAUCGGUGUUCGCCUAGAGUGGAUUUUGAAGAAAUUAAAUCUGUAUUGGAAGAAGAGGCAGAUAGACCUUUAGAUAUGAGUUGGCCGGCACUUUGGCAUAAACAAAUACUUUAUGUGUUUUUAGCCCCAAUACUCUUCCCUUUAUGGUUAACAAUGGCUGAUGUUCGAAAACCUGAAAAACAAAAAUAUUUUGCAAUUACAUUUUCUUUAUCAGUCCUUUGGAUUGCUUUUUUCUCUUAUUUAAUGGUUUGGUUAGCUAAUACAAUUGGUCUUACACUUGGAAUUUCUACAGAAGUUUUAGGAUUAACAAUUCUCGCUGCUGGUACUUCUAUACCUGAUUUAAUUACUAGCGUUAUUGUUGCUCGGAAAGGACUUGGAGAUAUGGCUGUUUCAAGUUCUGUUGGUUCUAACAUUUUUGAUGUCUGUGUAGGAUUACCGAUACCUUGGCUUAUUUAUUUUCUUUGGCAAUUAAUAUCUAAUUUUACUUCUUCAAAUACCAAUCAAAAUUAUUUGUCUGUACAAGUUUCCAGUAAUGGAUUAAUUUGUAGUGUUGGAAUGCUAUUUUUAAUGUUAAUUGUACUUGUAUUGUCUGUUGGUUUUUGUAAUUGGAGAAUGAAUAAAUUAUUUGGGGGAACGAUGAUUAUUGCUUAUUUAAUUUUUUGUGCUCUCUCAAUUGCUUUGGAAAUUGGCGGAAUUUCUUGCCCUUUAAGGCUUUGCCAAAAUUAUUAA